AUGAGGAUGAGUUUUGAAAGGCGGGAGGCAUCACAAAAGUGGACCACAAUAUUUGUUCCUACUGUGGAAGAGCACCUUAUUCAUAUCAAUGAGCAAUCACGUUGUCUUUCUGCAAUUCCUUCUACUACCGGAAGGUACGAGGUGUAUGAUUUGCCCACCGUUGAAGUAGAUUUGAAUGAACGCACAUGCACUUGUCGUGAAUGGCAAGUUGUCGGGCUACCUUGCAAACAUGCUGCGACGGUUAUUCGACAGAAUAUGGACACCCUUUACUCCUAUAUUUCCCACUACUUUAGUGCGGAGACAUACCGCAAAUGCUACUCCUUUCCGAUAUACCCAAUUCCUGACGAUGACAAGCCAUAUAUAGAUGAUGAAAAUAUGGUGAUUCGGCCACCAACAACUUCAAUUCUUCGUGGAAGACCAAGGACAAAGCGCAUUCCUUCGGGAUUGAAUCCGGCCAAAGAGUUAAAAUGUAGUAGAUGUCAACAGUAUGGUCACAACCGUAGAACAUGUAGACAGCCUAUUGCAGACUAG